AUGCUAAAGUUCACUGACAUAAGUAACAUUCUCUUUUUCUGUUUGGGAGCAACUAUCACAUGGAUAUCACCAGUAAAUACAAAAAUCGAAAAUACAAAAAUCGAAAAUGGUACCGUUUUCUUUGACGAGGUUUUACCAAAAGAUUUCAUAUCAUCGAUAAACACUCUUUCCACUGUAGGAGCAGCAAUUAGCGCCUAUUUCUACACCCAUAUUGCAGACAAAUUCGGAAGAAAAAUUACGAUAUUAUCCAUAGGAGUGCCAUAUCUGAUGUCUUACCUAAUUAUGGGUAUAUGGAGAACUGUUAAAACAUAUUUUGUCGCUAGAUUUGUCCUAGGAGUAGCUAUGGGUGGAACGUUUUCAGUUAUACCAAUCUAUGCAGGGGAAAUUUCUUGCAAGUACAAUAGGGCGACUUUAAACUCUAUCGGAGGAGUAAUGUUAGCCGCUGGAGGUCUAUUUUCCUACGUAAUUGGAUCCUUGUUGUCAUUGGAUCAUUAUAAUUUAACCCUAGCCUUCUUCCCUGCGAUAUUCUUUCCAUUAUUUUUUAUCUUCGGUGUAGAAACUGCUCAUUUUUAUAUGUACAAGAACCAAGAAGAUUUAGCAAGACAAGCAUUCGUUAAAUUAAGAAUUCCGAAUGAAGAAAUCGAACGCGAACUUGAACACGUAGUCAAUAUAAUAAAGGCGCAAUCGCAAACGACGAUGUUCAAUUUUAUUCGGAAUAAAGUGUUUAUUAAAGUUUUCACUUCUGUAAUCGGUUUGUUAAUGUUUCAACAAUUGACAGGUAUCAAUGCGAUUAUAAUGUUUAAUGAAACGAUCUAUGAAUUAACUGAAUCUAAUUUCGACUCUUCAGUUUGUUGCGUAAUUAUUGGAAUCGUUCAAUUUUUUAGCAGUUUAUUGGUGUUGACGUAUGAAGAAAGAUUCGGAAGAAAGACUUUACUUAUUACAUCGGCUUUAACUAUGUCGAUAUUGCUUACGAUUUUGGGUAUACAUUGCGUAUUCCUCGAUUACGGAAUAAUUAAUAUUUAUUUAAAAUUACUUCCUCUGAUAGUAUUAAGUUUAUUUGUAAUUAGUUAUUUUAUCGGUAUUGGACCGAUUCCGUUUGUAAUUUUAUCGGAAAUAUUCCCAUGGAGAGUCAAAUCUAUUGCUGUAUCGGUUGUGUCUACUAUUUAUUGGAUUACGGUUUUUUUAAUAGUGACAUAUUUUCAUUCUUUCGCUACUACCGUAGGACCUGAUUCAUGCUUUCUAAGUUUGGCAGCUUUAUGUAUAAUUUGUGCAGUAUUUGUUUAUUUCUAUGUAGAGGAAACAAAAGGGAAAACUUUCGAAGAAAUUCAGGAGAUAUUCAAGUAA